AUGCGAUCAGACCUCGCUGCGAGGGGCCGGUCGGUGACGGACCGCAACGCCACAUUCAUCGACAAACGCGAGCAGAGCAACGGCAGUCUGGAACGGGACCCGGAAAUCGAACGACGAGCAUCGUUCAUGUCGGAGCGAAGUCAUGAGUCCGCUCAGGCGGGCGUCAAACGUCUGGAGGCCAUCUCGUCGACCUGGUCCAAGACGGGCUUGUAUGUCGCGUACCUGGGAAUCGCCCUGCUGGCGUAUGCAACGUCAUUGGAAGGCCAGACAACGGGAAACCUCACCAUCUUCGCAACGAGCGCAUUCAAAGCACAUUCGCUGGUAUCGACGGUCAUGGUGGUACAAGGCGUCGUCUUGUCGAUUGCGAAACCGCCGAUGUCGAAAAUCGCAGAUGUCUUUGGCCGAUUCGAAGCUUUUAGCCUUUCGAUUUGCUUUUAUGCAGUUGGCUUCAUCCAGCAAGCGGCUUCGAAUAGUGUCAACACCUACGCAGCGGCACAAGUGUUCUACUCUACCGGAUCGACUGGAGUACAAAUCCUGAUUCAGAUUUUCAUCGCCGAUACCAGCGACCUAGUCAACCGAGCGUUAUGCUCAACGAUACCUUCGAUACCUUUCCUGAUCAACGUCUGGAUAGGACCGGCCCUUGCGGAACGGAUUCUGAAGAACCUCAACUGGCGAUGGGGAUACGGCAUCUGGUCCAUCAUCCUUCCUGUGGCCUUCCUUCCACUCGCUCUCGCCCUUGUCAUCAACCAGCGCAAGGCUGCAUUGCGAGGCAUCCUACCUGAGUCGCCCUUCGCAGGAAAGAGUGCGUGGGGAAUCAUCAAGAACGUCUGGUUCGAGCUGGAUCUUUUCGGCUUGAUCUUGAUCAGUGUGGCCUUCUCACUCAUCCUUAUCCCAUUGACCCUUGCGUCAAAGGCUGGCUGGACCAACCCGAACCUCAUCUCUAUGCUUAUAGUGGGGGUCGCUUGUCUCGUUGCGAUCCCAUUCUGGGAACGCAGCAAGACUCUCGCCCCACGAGCAUUCUUUCCGAGGGCGUUCUGGAAGAACAAGACCAUCACCUGCGGCCUCGGACUCUCAUUCUUUUAUUUUAUGGCAUUCUACCUAUCCGUAUACCCCUACUUCCAAUCCUACCUCCUCGUGGUCAAAGAUCUACCCCUCACGCAAGCCGGCCAAAUUGUCCAAACCUUCACAUUUACCUCGACCAUCACCUCCAUCCUCGUCUCCUUUGCCAUCAAAUACACGAAACAGUACAAGAAAUUCAUGGUCGCCGGCACAGUCCUGUAUGUCAUUGGCCUGGGUCUAAUGUUGCACUACCGCACUGAAACCUCGACUGCCACCACCAUCGUCUGGACGCAGGUCUUCCUCGGCGUGGGCGGUAGCCUCACUCACGUACCCGCACAGCUCGGCGUGCAGGCUUCGGCUUCCCACUCAGAAGUCGCGGCCGCCACGGCGCUUUUCUUGACUGUUCUCGAAAUCGGCGGCGCCGUCGGCUCGGGCAUCUCAGGCGCCAUUUGGACGAAUAGUGUUCCCAAAAGACUGGCGCUGUACCUGCCUCCUGAAACGGCCGACCAAGCGGCUGAGAUCUACGGCAACAUCUCCCUCGCUUCCGGAGGCUGGCCGAUGGGAAGUCCCACGAGAAUUGCCAUCAACCGCGCGUAUCAGGAGACGAUGACAAAAAUCCUCAGCGUGGCAGUGUGCGUGGCGCUGCCGUGCGUGAUACUGAGUCUGAUGAUGACGGACUACAAGUUAGAUGAGAUUGACCAGGGUGUCAAGGGCGUUGUGAUUGGCGCAUCGCAGGAUAGAGUCGAUCAUGGCGACGGAGUAGUCGUGGCGGGUCCUUCAAACACGAGGCUAUUGAGCGCCGGCGAGGACAGUGGUGAUGAUGAAGACGUGCUGGGUUUAAGACCACAGAACUCUCGAAGUCGGUUGCUCGACGCGGCAGAGAGAAGGGAUUCGUAA